CGGCGGCCGACAACCACCGGAUUUGAAUCGCGGCACCGCUCGGCGGCGGCGGCGGCGGCGGCGGCGGGAUGAGUACCCCGUCGUUGCCUCCGGCCUGGCAGCUCUACCUCAAGGACCACCGCAUCUCCACAUUUAAGAACUGGCCCUUCUUGGAGGGCUGCGCCUGCACCCCGGAACGAAUGGCCGCGGCCGGCUUCAUCCACUGUCCCACUGAGAACGAGCCCGACUUGGCUCAGUGUUUCUUCUGCUUCAAGGAGUUGGAAGGCUGGGAGCCAGAUGACGACCCUAUGCAAAGGAAACCAACAAUAAGCAGAAAGAAUUUGAAGAAACUGCAAAGAAAGUCCGCUGUGCCAUUGAGCAGCUGGCUGCCUCGGAGUGACGCCGUCCCCACCGUCACUGCCCCGCAGGGACACACACACAUCCUUUCCAAGGCACAGCCCUCAGCGUUACCAGCUUUCCUCUGGGGCCUCUUAACUGUGCCUUAGGAAAGGAGAACAUCAACAUUUUGAAAUUAGAAUAUUUACCUGUAUUUUUGGUUUUUUUCUUGAAGGCGGUGCCAGGGGCUAUUUCUCUUGUACAGCUUGUGCUAAGUACAGUGACGGAUUCUCUCUU